GGUCAGGCUGUCUACGCUCGUGAACUGCACACAUCAACAAGGAGAUAAACCAUUUCUCUCCGUAGCAGUUGUUUCUAUAAAUACCUCCACUGCUCGCUUCUACCUGUGAGGCUGCAACGCUGGGUGUACCAGAAUGAAUGUGGGUGUGGCACACAGCGAGGUGAACCCAAACACUCGGGUCAUGAACAGUAGGGGGAUCUGGUUGACCUACGCGCUUGGUGUUGGCAUACUUCACAUCGUGCUCUUGAGCAUUCCUUUCUUCAGCGUGCCAGUGGUGUGGACUCUCACCAAUGUCAUACACAACUUUGGAAUGUAUGUGUUCAUGCAUGCAGUGAAAGGCACGCCCUUUGAGACCCCCGACCAAGGAAAGGCCAGACUUCUCACACACUGGGAACAGCUGGACUACGGCGUGCAGUUCACUUCAUCCAGAAAGUUCUUCACCAUUUCUCCAAUUAUUCUAUACUUCCUGGCAAGUUUCUACACAAAGUAUGACUCAACACACUUUGUCAUAAACACGGCUUCGCUUUUGAGCGUCCUGAUCCCAAAGCUGCCGCAGCUGCACGGAGUGAGACUGUUCGGUAUUAACAAGUAUUAAGUUAUUGUCAGUGCUGUGCCUCUUUGCAGCAGAAGUAAAGUCUUGCGUAGCGCGUAACCCUGAAGUUGUACAGUUUGUGUAAAUGUCACUGUUGUUGUUUAGAUUUAUCAGGUUUAAGAUGAAAUGUUUAAAAAAUACAGGAGUAGGUUUCUAGGUGACAGGAUGCCAUAUGCAUAACUAACUUAUGUGAAUAUUUAAUGAUGUAAUUUUGGCCUGCAGAGACCUGGGCUGGCCCAGGCAUCGGUGAGGCUUUUGGUUGAGUUUAUUUCUCUUCUGUCUUUCCCUCCAAUUCACACGGCAACACAUAUUGUGAGUGAGUCUGUUUCUAGCCACAAAGAUGUCCCAAAUGUAUUUUUCAAAGAUGUUUACUUACUAAAGUUGGCUCAGUGUUAAUUGGCACACUCUCAUUUUGUAAUGGGUGUCAAAUGCAUUCGUGCUGAGUGCAAAAACUGAAUCAUUUCUUUAUUUGCAUGAUUUCCUCAGUGUGUGAAUCAUUUUCAUUUGUAUGUCAAUCAGAAAAGGGCAGGCUUUUUUCAUUGUACAGUUUUUUUGUGAUGUAAUGUCCUGUAUGUAGAAAUGAGACAAAUAACUGUUGUCAGAUUAAGUGUUUACUGAGAGAGGUCUGCAGUGUCUAUGGUAAACUUACAUUCAUGUAGCUGCUCUCUUUAGAUUAUGACUUUUUGCUAUUUUCAAGGCAGCUAGUCCUGCUUUGUUUGGCCAUAGCUCAUAGUAAUCUUGAUAUUUCUUGUUCUUAAUCUUAUUAAAAUGUUGGUGCCCUCUAA